CCGCACCAUCCAGCAGCAGCGGAUCCGCUCUCAACCCGCCGACGCCGCCGACCGACCGACCGACCGACCGAGCGAGCGAGCGAACGACGGAGCGAACGAACGAACCACCGGAUCGGCGACGUCUCGUCUCAUCGUCGUAUUUCGGAGGGGGAAUAAAGGGGAACAUGAGAGGCGCUGACGCGUCUUGUUGCGCCGGACUCGCGUCGUGGUGUCGAAUGUGCGCGAUGGGAAAUAGACCCUGACCAGGCAGACCAGGCAGUUCUCGGCGUUCCGGAGAUUCUAAAAAAAACAAAACAAAGGAUGCCCAAGAGGAUGUGGGGAAAAUAGCCAUAGCUUCUGGAGUGUAAGGCCAAAUGACCUAGGAUGAAGGCUGUGCGCAACCUCUUGAUUUACAUAUUCUCCACCUACCUGUUGGUCAUGCUCGGAUGUACCGGCGCCCAAGACUUCUGGUGUUCCACGCUGGUCAAGGGAGUCAUCUACGGAUCGUACUCGGUGAGCGAGAUGUUCCCCAAGAACCUCACCAACUGCACCUGGACGCUGGAGAACCCCGACCCCACCAAGUACAGCAUCUACCUGAAGCUCUACACGCGCGAGAUGAGCUGCUCCGAGUUCCAGCUGCUGGUGUACCAGUUCGACCACUUCUCGCACGAGAAGAUCAGCGAGCUGCUGAAGGUCAACGACUCCGUGCUGUACCUGUGCGACGGCAAGAACCUCCACGUCUUCUUGCACUACGACAAGAACUUCAUCCAGAUGCGGCGGGUCUUCCCGGACGACGCCCCCGCCAAAAGGGGCGCCGGCGCCGGCUCCUCCGACGACCCCGACGAGAGGUCCGUGGUGGAGUUCGUGGUCCUGAACAAGGCCAGCCCCAGUCAGUUCGGUUGCCAGGUGCUGUGCAUGUGGCUGGAGAACUGCCUGAAGGGCGAGAAGGGGACGCCCGAGUCGUGCGGAAUAGUCUACUCCAAGUGCACCUGUCCGCAGCACCUGGGCGACGGCGACUCCGAGAGCGUCCUGCUGCUCAGCAACGUGGUGCUGCCCCUGAACCCGCGGACCGAGGGCUGCCUGACGGCGCAGCUGCGCGGCCCGCACGCGUGCAACCUGAGCGCCGAGGUCAAGCGGCCGUCCAAGGAGGAAUUCGGAUUGAUCGGAGAGCAUACGGUAAAAAGCCAACGGCCAAGAUCGGUUCACGACCCAAAGGGCCGGCAGGAGCGAGAUGAGGCUGCCAAAUUUAUGGCACAAACCGGUGACCCCGGUGCUGACGAGUGGUCCCAGUGGAGCUCUUGCUCAGUUACGUGCGGUCAAGGGUUGCAGGUGCGAACGAGAACGUGCAUCACAACUUACGGAACGCACUGCAGCGGCCCUUUAAGAGAAACCAGGGUUUGCAAUAACACUGCCCCCUGUCCAGUGCACGGCGUGUGGGAGGAGUGGUCCCCGUGGAGCCUGUGCUCCUUCACAUGCGGCCGGGGUCACCGGACGCGGACCCGGGUGUGCAUGCCACCUCAGCACGGCGGCAGGGGCUGCGACGGCCCCGAGACCCAGAGCAAGCUCUGCAACAUCGCCCUCUGUCCAGUGGAUGGACAGUGGCAGGAAUGGAGCGCGUGGAGCGACUGCUCGGUGACCUGUGCCAACGGGACCCAGCAGAGGAAGAGGCAAUGCUCAGCCGCCGCCCACGGUGGCUCCGAGUGUCGCGGGCACUGGGCCGAGAGCCGCGAGUGUCACAACCCCGAGUGCACAGCAAACGGUCAGUGGAACCCGUGGGGGCCGUGGAGUGGGUGCUCGAAGUCGUGUGACGGGGGCUGGCAGAGGCGGGUGCGUGUGUGCCAGGGCCAGGCGGUCACCGGGCAGCAGUGCGACGGCAACGGGGAGGAGGUCCGGAAGUGCAGUGAGCAGCGGUGUCCGGCUCCCUACGAGAUCUGUCCUGAGGACUAUGCAGUAUCCAUGUUAUGGCGGAGAACCCCGUCCGGAGAACUAGCCUUCAACAGGUGCCCACCCAACGCCACAGGCACCACUAGUCGACGCUGCUCCUUGGAUCAUCGAGGGAUUGCGUACUGGGAGCAGCCCAGCUACGCCCGAUGCAUCCAGAACGAAUACAGAUACCUACAGCAGUCGGUUCAGGGACACCUCGCCAAGGGUCAGAGAAAUCUAGCCGGAGACGGUAUGUCCCAGGUCACCAAAGUCUUACUGGACCUCACCCAGAGGCGCAACUUCUACGCCGGCGACCUGCUCUCGUCUGUGGAAAUCUUACGGAACGUCACGGACACUUUUAAGAGGGCCAGCUAUGAGCCGUCCUCCGACGAUGUACAGAACUUCUUCCAGAUCAUCAGUAACCUUCUGGAGGAGGAGAACCGGGACAAGUGGGAGGACGCCCAGCAGAUCUACCCGGGUGCGGUGGAGCUGAUGCAGGUCAUCGAGGAGUUCAUCCACAUCGUCGGCCUGGGCAUGAAGGAUUUCCACAACGCUUACCUGAUGACGGGGAACCUCGUGGCCAGCAUCCAGAGACUUCCAGCCGUGUCCGUGGUCACCGACAUCAACUUCCCCAUGAAGGGACGGAAGGGCAUGGUGGACUGGGCCAGGAACUCCGAGGACAAGGUGGUCAUCCCCAAAGGCUUCUUCGUCCCUCAUACUGAAGAUGACGGCUCGUCCGUGUACAUCCUUGGAACCGUCCUCUACAAGACGCUGGGACAGAUGUUACCUUCACCGAGGAACAACACCGCCGUCAACUCCAAGGUCAUUGCCGUCACCAUGAGGCCGGAACCGAAGGUCAAAGAAGCUCAGCUGGAGAUCGAACUGGCUCACCUGGCUAACGGCACCUUGAAUCCGUUUUGCGUACUCUGGGACGGCGCCGUCACGAACCAUUCCUGGGGCGGCUGGACGUCCAGAGGAUGCAGAACGGUGCUGACGGAUGCCUCGCAUACGAAAUGCCUCUGUGAACGCGCGUCCGCCUUCGCCAUUUUGGCUCAGCAGCCUCUAGAGACGGCGAUGGAUUACUCGGGGGUCCCGUCGGUCACGCUCAUCGUGGGCUGCGGCCUGUCCUGCGUGGCGCUGGUCAGCCUGGCCGUGGUUUACGCCGUCUUAUGGAGGUACAUCAGGUCGGAGCGAUCGAUCAUCCUGAUCAACUUCUGCAUGUCCAUCAUCUGCUCCAACAUCCUGAUCCUGGUGGGACAGACGCAAACGCACAACGUGGGCGUGUGCACCAUGACCACGGCGUUCCUGCACUUCUUCUUCCUGGCCUCGUUCUGCUGGGUCCUGACCGAGGCGUGGCAGUCCUACAUGGCCGUGACGGGGAAGGUGCGGACCAGGCUGAUCCGGAAACGCUUCCUCUGCCUGGGAUGGGGUUUACCCGCCCUGGUGGUCGCCAUCUCCAUAGGAUUCACCAAGGCCAAAGGUUACGGGACGCCCCAGUACUGCUGGUUAUCUCUGGAGGGAGGGCUGCUCUACGCCUUCGUCGGACCCGCCGCCGCCGUAGUGCUGGUGAACAUGGUGAUUGGCAUCCUGGUCUUCAACAAGCUGGUUUCUCGAGAUGGAAUCCUGGACAAGAAGCUGAAGCACAGAGCGGGGCAGAUGAGUGAGCCUCACACCGGACUGACCUUAAAAUGCGCCAAGUGUGGCGUCGUUUCUACCACAGCAUUGUCUGCAACGACAGCCAGCAACGCCAUGGCGUCUCUGUGGAGCUCCUGCGUGGUCCUGCCGCUCCUGGCGCUCACCUGGAUGUCGGCGGUGCUGGCCAUGACGGACAAGCGCAGCAUCCUGUUCCAGAUCCUGUUCGCCGUGUUCGACUCCCUCCAGGGCUUCGUCAUCGUCAUGGUGCACUGCGUCCUCCGCAGAGAGGUCCAGGAUGCCUUCAGGUGUCGACUGCGAAACUGCCAAGAUCCCCUCACCGGUGACGCGACCGGGACCUUCCCCAACGGCCACGCGCAGAUCAUGACGGACUUCGAAAAAGAUGUGGACAUCGCCUGCCGAUCAGCUCUUCACAAGGACAUGGGCUCCUGCCGCGCCGCCACCAUCACCGGCACCCUCUCCCGCAUCUCCCUCAACGACGAAGAGGAGGAGAAGUGCCCCGAGGGCCUGAACUACUCCACCCUGCCCGGCAACAUCAUCUCGAAGGUGCUCAUUCAGCAGCCGUCGGGGAUGCACGUCCCCAUGAGCGACCAGUGCCUGGGCGACGGCGCCGGCGACAUGCACCGCGCCAUGUACCUGUGCACCGAGGACCCCAUGCGCCAGGCCGAGCAGGGCCCCAUGGAGACGGACUACAUCGUGAUGCCCCGCGGCACCUCGGCGGCCGGGUCGGUGCCCACGGGCUCCGCCAGCAUGCCCGUGCUGCUGAAGGACGACUGCAAGAGGAACAUCGGCAUGGACACCCUGCCGCACGACAGGAUGAUGCACUACAAGAUGGCGGGCGAUUUUAACAUGGGCCCCUCGGCCAUGGAGCAGUUCUCCGGCGCCUCGGAGCACAUGCAGAGCCUCCCGUUCGAGCCUCGCACCGCCGUCAAGAACUUCCUGGCUGAGAUGGAAGAGAGCGCCGGUCUGGCACGAAGCGAGACCGGCUCCAGUACCUCCAUGAGCUCUUUAGAGAGGAGGAAGUCCCGAUACCAGGACCUGGACUUCGAGAAAGUCAUGCACACCAGGAAAAGACACAUGGAGCUGUUCCAGGAACUGAAUCAGAAAUUUCAAACCCUGGACCGAUUUCGAGACAUACCAAAUAUGAGCAGCAUGGAUAAGACCAUGGCCAGCAAAAACCCCUGGGAGACGUACAACCCAGCCUGCGAGUACCAGAACUAUGCCACAAUGAAUGUACUAGAGUCGAGCGUCAAGGACUCUCUGGAGAUGACUCCCGCCGAGUGGGAGAAGUGCGUGAACCUCCCUCUGGACGUCCAGGAGGGAGACUUCCAGACGGAAGUGUGAUCAGACCUUCAAGGGCGGCGACCGAGGAUAUAUUUUGCACUGGAGAAAAAAGGGGAACAAAGUGGAAGGCGGGGACGAUCAUGUGCCAAUAAGAUUCGAACUUUGUUUGAGAACGACGUAAAGGACGAGCGUUUUCUUUCUUUCUUUGCUCCUUUCUUGCUUUCGUUGGUUCUUUUCUUUGGGAUUCUCGCCGACGCGGCCGGUAACGGAGCCGCCGGGUGUAUAUUAUAACCACGACCAGUCUCCGAGCUUUUCCAAGCUGCCCGUCGAGAGGCGAGACCUCAGAAACGGGAAAUGGGAGACGAACCGUGACGCUAUGCUACAUCCACCCACAAGCUUCUUCGGGCUCAGUUCCUUUUUUUUUGUUUUUGGGUUUCCGUUCGGUCGUAACUGAGUCCGGGAGCACAAUGUACAUACGCAGGUUUUUAAAACGUUUAUAACAAGUCCGUCGGCCAUCGGUACACUUUUUACUUUCUACUACGAUACAGAGGUGUACUGAAAGACGUGACGAGGAUUUUUGUUUGUUUGUUUAUUUGAUUGUUUUUUUUCCGUUUGCCGUCAUUUAAAGAUGAAUGUUCGUCCGGCUACGUUCUUCAUUGCUUUCGAUGCAAUAAAGGUAAUACUCACUUUUAUAUGAAUAAUAUAUUUCACAACUUUAAUACUGCAGACGUCGCUCGAAGGCACUCGGCGAGCUUCCGCUCAUCUGCAGCCCUGUAUAAAAUAUUUAAAAGAGAAAAAAAAAUCCCCGAACGUUGUACGGUGUAAAUAAAACUUUUGUCUACAUAUGUUCUACCGGUGCCGAGUUUAUUUUGCUGAGAAAAAGACAGAAGCGCCGGACUGACCGGCUCUAGCGACAAAUGUUAACGUUUGAAAAAAAAGGAAUGUAAAUAAAAGAGGAAAUAUGUUUGUACAGA